CAGGACAACCCGAAACGAUGAUGAUUGCGUCGACAGCUUAAUGACUUGCUUCAGAGGACCGACAAGCAAAGUACAGCAGACCAUUCAGACAGCAGUUCAACUUUUAGGAGCUCAACACCGAGAACCCACCACAUCGUCCCAAAGUCGAAAAGAUCAAUAGAAAUGACGGCCACAAUGCGUGCAGUUGAUAUCAAAGGUGGCUCUGGCCCAGCCGAUGCGCUGUUCAUCGCUACAGACAUCCCGAAACCGUCCCCUACUGGCGCGCAAGCACUGGUGAAAGUCAAAGCAUUCGGCCUCAACCGCAUGGACCUGAUGCAGCGAGAGGGAAAGUACCCAGUCCCAAAACAGGCACCCAAAAUCCUCGGCGUGGAGUUUUCCGGCGUGAUCGAGAGCGUCGGCGACAAACCGGAGGGAUUCAAAGUGGGAGACGAAGUCUUCGGUCUGGCGUACGGCGGCGCUUACGCCGAGUACAUCAACGUGUCCACGCGUAUGCUUGUGCACAAACCGAAGGAGCUGAGCUGGGAGGAGGCCGCUGGUGUGCCUGAGACUUGGAUCACCGCGCUGCAAGCGAUGUACCUCGUUGGCGAGUACCAACCCGGCAAGAGCAUCCUGUGGCACGCCGGCGCGUCCUCUGUCAGCAUUGCGGGCAUUCAACUCGCGCGCGUGGACAACGCCUCCGCCGUCUUUGCCACAGCACGUCAGGACGAGAAAUGCGACUUUUGCGUCAAGGAGCUUGGCGCAACUGCUGCGUUCAAUACUAGCAAGAGUGACUGGGCUGAUGAGGUGCUCAAAGCCACCGACGGAAAGGGCGUCGACAUCAUCGUCGAUUUUGUCGGUGCCGACUACCUCCAGAGCAACCUGAAGGCCGCCGCCCAGGACGGAAAGAUCGUCUGCCUGGCUGCAAUGAGCGGCACGAAAGUCAAAGAUCUGGACAUCAGCGCGUUCGUUCAGAAGAGGGUCCGCGUUGAGGGAUCUACGCUGAGGAGUCGGGACGAGAAGUACCAGGGGAAGCUGAGGGAUCAGCUCGUAGAGCACGCCUUGCCCAAGUUUCAGGAUAAGAGCUUGAAGAUCUUUGUCGAGAAGGUGUUCAAGUUUGAGGAGAUUGUAGAGGCUCAUAAACUGAUGGAGAGCAACAAGACGAAGGGGAAGAUCAUCGUCACCAUCGAUUGAGUUCCCAUAUAUAGUCGUACUUUUAGGCACAAUGCAAUGUAUAUAGGACCGCAGUCUGCGCAGGUCACUCUUGCAAUGAAGGCAGCUACACAUCCCUGUUCACUGCUCGUACUCCCAGGACUCCCAGGAGCUCCGAGGGGCAAGCCCUGUUCUUGUGUGUCAAGGUUAACCUUUUGUGAAGGAACACG